GCCACGGAUUGGGCCAAUGUUCCACCUUAAUUGGAGUCCGGGGACUGAGGUGGAAAAGGCAGAACUGGCUGAUUGGAGGAGCCACGUCCCUGCAAGGGGCCAGGAGGGAGAUUACAGAGGCGCCAGGCCCAGAGCUCCAACAUGCACCUGCCGCCGCUCCAGGGGAGAUCGGGGUCCUGCCAAUUUACCCCGCCCCAUGAUCUCAUGGCUGUGUGUGCCAGGCACUAGCUCAGGGAGCAGCAUCUCACAGAGAAGACACUUGGAUGGGCCACAGGCCAAAACUGGGCCAAAACCCUGGAGAGGAGGACCUGGCUCAAGGCCAUAUCAUAUUUCCAUGUCAUUUUCCAGUGGCACCAACUGAGCUGGACAGAUAUUCUCACAGAGCUACACAUGCCAUGAUCAUCACUAGUUGCGAGAGUCUCCAGUGUUCAUUAA